AUGUUUAGAUUUGACCUUCCGCAUCUGUAUAGGAGACUCACAGAAAUAACAAUUAAGAGGAUUAUAACAAAUCGAGUGAACAAUUGGCUAGAAGGCAAGAUAACCAGGAGGCUCACUACUGACCAAAUUACGUUCGAUAUAAUACGGGGCAUUGUUAUUAUAGAGGGAUUAGGGCUAAACAGAGGGUAUGUUAGUUCUAUUAUUGGAGUAAAAGUGGCUGAAGCCAGGAUAGACCGAAUAAUAUUCAUGAGCAAUUGGUACAACACAGAUUUAUUCACAGACGUAAAGAUUUCUGGGGUGGAAAUUGCAGUGGGCGGAGUGGAGUGUAUAUGCAAAAUAUCUGAUCGGUGCUAUGCAUGCAGGAAAACAAGCACGCCAGAGAAUAAAGGCAUAAUUAUGAGAGUGCUUAAUAGUGUACUGGGGAGUAUAGCAGAAAGGGUUACAGCCAGAAUGAAAGUAAAACUAGAAAAAGUAAAAGUAUCAGUACGUUUAGAGACUCUAUUAAGCGUAGAAAUAAAGCAGAUGGACUUAAUCAAAGAAAAUGAGAAGUAUAAGGUAAAACUAGAAAAAGAGAAUAUUUCCAUAUCAGGCAUAAAGACAGCCAGUAUAACCAUAGAAGUAACCACAAAAGAUGACAUUCUAUCUAUACAGGUUAGUUCAUCAACUAUAAAUAUUUACAGUAGGGAAGUAAGUGUAAGUGAUUUAGUCCAAUUAGUGAGUAUUAUUAAGUAUGCAAUGGGAGAGGACAAGGAAAAUAUAAAAUAUGAAAAUAAUUCGAGAGUGGGCACUACAAAAAAAACAGAAAAAUAUAUUGAAAAGAGUCCUGUUGUAAAAAUAGACAUAUCCACGGAUUUAAGGGUGUGUGAUAUAAAGGAGAUUGACCAGUGCGUAUUAUCAUGCAAGAAUUUAAAAAUUGGAGUGUAUGAGAAAGGAGUAAUUAGAGUAUUUGGAACAUUUUUAAUUAGGGAGAGUACCACUGAAAUUAUUACUUGUAAGAGAGUGAAUAUCCUGUUGAAUGAUUCAAGUGAUUUUGGAGUGUUUGGCAGGAAGGUUCGGAUUUAUAUUAAAAGUAUAAAUUUAAAUAUUCACGAGCGUAUAAUAAUGGGACUGUUUAACUUGUACAAGAAAUUAUUCAAUUUAUAUGGGAAGGAAGAAGAAAAAAAGAAGAAAAAUCAGAAUUAA